AUGCGGGUGCGAACGUCGGCGAUAAAUAUAAUUUUAAUAUCGGCUUCCUUUGCUACGUUAUUUCCAGUUCACGAGGACUACGAGUACAUUUGGAUUGAUGAUUUGCCGCUGCAGGAUGGGCGAUUAGUGAGAGCAGAUGCUCCUAAUAGUACCAGCAGCGUUCCAGACAUUACCACGAAGAGCCCGUUUGUGGGAAGGAGUAACAACAGCGAUCAGGACUGGACGUGGCUGCAGGACGCUCUUAAGGACAUCGCUUAUUGCCUGCGGUCGCACAAAUUCAACGAGUACGACAGGAGAUACGAGAAGGACAACCGGACGGCGAAGAGGACUUAUUACGCCGGAUUCCCGAGACCUCCACUGAGGACGCUGCAUUGGGAGGUGCAGAAGUACUGCGAGGGUUCGUUCCUCAAUUGCGUCGAGUAUUUGUGGAAAACUGUGAGGGAGGCGGAUCUGAAGAGAUCGGACGACACCUCUGUGAUUAUUUACGAGCAGAAGUGGAAGCCGCUGGCGAACGCGCUCCAAAUUGCGAGCGUCGAAAUGGAGUGCAAGAAGUUCAAGGAGAAGGACGAGAGGUUAGGGAAUCCUUUCCAAGGACCUCUGGAGAGGUUCCAGUGGCGGACGACGGCCAGUUAUUACAUGUGUUGGUACACGAUGAACGAGGUGCCGGAUCUUGCUCAUCUGAACGAAGCUUGUGACAACUUCGCAAGCUGCUUGGAUCCGCUCUACGGGGCGAACAACGCGGACUUCCGGGCUGCUGACGAAAAGCCCUUCCACUGCUCCAAGUACAGCUUCUGCCCUGAUCCCUGCUGCCCGAAGAAGCAUCAGCACGAGGCGACGCGCUGCUGGAACUCACCGGAAAACCCUUGCUACGACGCUAAUCCUGCGGGUCAUCGGCGUUGUCACUUGAAUCGCACCCAGAACACCAACUUCCGGGACAUCGUCUUAAAUCGAUGGAACGUAACGUGUCACUGUCCUUCGGCAGGAUUCGUAUGGGAUUCGACGUACGGUAUUUGCGUUGAUAUCGACGAAUGUUACAUACAGGCGCACACCUGCAGGAAAUCGGAGGGCGAGGCUUGUUUGAAUACUGUCGGUUCUUAUAGGUGCGUCUGCAAAUGGGGCUUCACGUGGAACAAGGAUGUGUCCAAGUGCAUGGAAAACGAAGCGAUUUCCAUGAUCAAGUUAACCAAUUUGGCGGAAACUUCUGCUCUCGAUGAGAAGCCCAAGCAGAAGUCGCUUAUCCGUCGGCUGUACCAUGCGAUUUUCAGCGGCGGUCGCGGCACGAGAACCGGAUUUCCGGUUUCAUUACUCGCGUGCGUUUCCAUUUUAUUUCUAGCCGUAUUACUGUAA